GAGGCUUUUCUAUUAAAUAUAAAUAUAAAUUAUAAAAGAAAUAAUUAAAUAAAGAAAGAAAAAAGUGGGAAAAGAAAACUUAUCCUAUCUAUCGAUGAAAUUAUUGUGAAGCGUGUGGAGUGAGUGAUAGACAUGGCAGUUUCAGCUUCUCUAAUUCCGGUAUCAUCCACCACCACGACUUCGCUCGCAUUCGGCACCAGAAAGCCACCCGCAUUUCCGUCUCUUGCUUGUCCAUUCAAGGGAUCCCUCAAGAAGUUGAACUCGACACCAUGCGGCUACACGGCAACGCUCAGGGUGCAGCUCAGAAGACCCCUCUCGGUGGUAGUGAACAAGGCGGCUUCUGCCCCUGCCCCUGCGGCGGGGGCUUCGAGCGUGCGGUUCAGGCUUGACAACCUGGGCCCGCAACCGGGUUCGAGGAAGAAGGCGAAGAGAAAGGGAAGAGGCAUAUCGGCAGGGCAAGGCGCAAGCUGUGGUUUUGGGAUGAGGGGUCAGAAGUCACGGUCUGGCCCCGGCGUCAGGAAGGGUUUCGAGGGUGGUCAGAUGCCCCUUUACCGUCGAAUCCCCAAACUUCGAGGAAUUGCUGGCGGUAUGCGUGCUGGGCUACCAAAAUAUGUCCAUGUAAAUCUGAGGGACAUAGAGGAUGCUAGAUUUAAGGAUGGUGAAGAGGUGUCUCUUGAAACUCUAAAGGAGAAGGGUGUGAUUAAUCCAUCAGGAAGAGAAAGGAAACUUCCUUUGAAGGUACAGAUCAUGUAUUGA